AUGGCCAACAAGGAAAAGGUCCUGCUUGCUUACUCUGGCGGAUUGGACACCAGCUGCAUUCUUGCCUGGCUUAUUGAGCAAGGCCAUGAGGUCGUCUGCUUCCUUGCCGAUGUAGGCCAGGCAGAGGAUUUUAAAGAAGCAGAGAAGAAGGCUCUCGCAAUUGGCGCAAAGAAGCUCGUUGUCGAGGACUUGAAGCGUGAAUUCGUCGAGGAUCUCUGCUUCCGUGCCAUUCAAUGCAAUGCUAUCUGGGAAGACCGAUAUCUCCUUGGUCUGUAA